AUGGAAAAGAAAUCGACGGAUAAAGAGGUCGUGAAGAUAAGCAAAGACUGCGAGGAAGCCAUCUAUGAAGCGAUCGACUGUUUGUGGACAGCGAACGGAAAGAAUGAGACGGCGAUGGAGUCGGCGACCACUGGUGUCGCAGAAAUUUUGCUCAAAACACAAACGAAGAUUAGUUUGAGAUGUUUGUCGGCUAAAGCUAUCAAGAGUUAUGGAAUCCAAUACAACCAUCUCUUUCCACAACCAAUCGUUCAUUUCAUUGACAUUCACGGCGUGUCCGCCAAAUAA